AUGCCGCUAGCAGUGACGAGCUCGUCCAGUACGGGCACGUCCUCCUCGGUCGCCUCGACAUCCAAGUUGGCGCAAGAGGUGGCCAAGAGCGCGUCCGAUCCUCCCAAGCACACCUCCUUCUCCUCCAUCGGCAUCUCACCCAUGCUCAUCCGCAGUCUGGCCUCUCUUCAGAUCAAAGUACCCACGCCGAUCCAGAGUCUCACGAUCCCGUCGGUGCUCGAAGGUCGCGACCUCGUCGGUGGUGCUCAGACCGGUUCCGGUAAAACGCUCUGUUUCGCGCUGCCCAUCCUCAACAAGCUCAUCAAAGACAUGGUCGGUGGAUUCGCCGUCGUGCUCACACCGACGCGCGAGCUCGGAGUACAGCUGCACGAGCAAUUUGUGGCUGUAGGGGAAGGAGCACGGAUGGGGCUGCGGUGUGCACUCGUGCUCGGCGGUAUGGAUAUGAUGAAGCAAGCUUCUGAACUGGCCAACCUUCGACCUCAUGUCAUCGUCGCUACUCCUGGUCGACUCGUAGAUCACCUCCGCAGCGGUGGUGGAGAAGAGUGGGGUCUGAGGAGAUGCAAGUUCUUGGUGCUGGACGAGGCGGACAGGUUGUUGACGGAUACGUUCAAGCCGGAGCUCGAGUAUCUCUACUCGGUCUUGCCGAGUCCGAAGACGCUUCAGACGCUGCUGUUCACAGCGACAUUGACAGAGCAAGUGGUCGAAUUCGCCAAUGCUAAGAGACCAGAAGGUAAGCCGGCGCCGAUGGUAUGCAAGAUCGAGAUGGACACAAAGACGCCAGAAACGCUGGAGCAGCGGUACGUGUUUGUGCCGUCACAUAUCCGCGAGCCGUACCUCUACCACAUCAUGCGACAUCCACCCAUCAAGCCCAGCUCCGAACGCGUUCGCAAACUCAAAGCCAAGCGUCAAGCUGAUCGAGAGAGAAAGGACGAGAACGAACGCAAGAAGGGCAAAAGACCUCGCGCACACCACGGUUCCGAUUCCGACUCAGAUGACGACGACGAAGCCGCGCUCUUCCUCCCCGCCACCAUCAUCUUCACCGCACGCUGCAAGACAGCCGCCACGCUAUCCGGCAUGCUCACCGAACUCGGCAUCCCCAACGUCUCUCUCCACUCGCACCUGCGUCAAUCCGAACGCUCUUCGAACCUGCAAACCUUCCGCGCGCAACGCGUGCCCGUCCUCAUCGCCACCGACGUCGGCUCCCGUGGUCUCGACAUCCCCGACGUAGAACUCGUCGUCAACUGGGACCUACCCUCCGCCUGGCAAGACUACGUCCACCGCGUAGGUCGUACCGCACGUAACGGAAAACGCGGUUUCGCCGUCUCGUUCAUCACCGAACGUGACAUCGACGUCAUCCACUCGAUCGAAGAAAAGAUCAACACCAAAUUGACCCAGCUGGAAGGAUUGGAGGAUGAAGACAAGAUUUUGGAAAAGUUGAAUACCGUAGCUACCGCCAAGAGGGUGGCGACGAUGGCAUUGCACGACGGACAGUUUGGCGAGAGACAGCAGAGGAACCAGCAGAAGCAACAGGCGAGGUUGAAGGCCGAAAAGAGGGAGAGGAAGAAGGCGAAGAGCGGCUGGCAGGAGGCAUAG